AAGCGGUGGAGGCUCGUCGUACCCUGGAGAGAAGUGAAAGCAGGGGGGAACUGGACCUUAGUCGUGGACUUAGGAAGACGUGGGCUAAGGAGAAGGGAAGAACGCAGACCGAAAGGAGGAAUAAAAGAUCAAAAUGGGAUUCAUAUUUUCAAAGUCUAUCAAUGAAAACCUAAAGAAUCAACAGGAGUUCAUGCUUAUGAACUCUCGACUUCAGCUGGAAAGGCAACUCCUCAUGCAUAAUCAAAUGCGAGAGAGGCAGAUGGCUAUGCAGAUUGCUUGGACACGGGAAUUACUCAAGUAUUUUGGAACAUUUUUUGGACUUACAGCUGCGGGUCUAACGGUUGGGGCAAUUAAAAAUAAGAAGCCUCAGCUCUUUCUUCCAAUUGUUCCUUUAAGCUUUAUAUUGGCCUAUCAAUAUGAUAUGGGUUAUGGAUCACUUCUAAAAAGAAUGAAAGGUGAAGCAGAGAACAUUCUUGACACAGAGUGCAUUAUGCUAGAAAUGCCAAAAGGACCCCUCACUUUUGAAGGCCUUGAAAAAGCCAGAAGAGCACAGAGCAGGUUUUUUAUUGAAAAAUAGUUUUGUCACAAAGCACUACAUCAAGAACAAAAAUAAGUAUUUGUAAUCAUGUUGCUGACUUAACACUCUGAUCCAAUAGUGUGUGCAUGGAACCUUUUUCCAAAUAGCUAAAAUAUUACCAAUCAGCUGUUUGGCAGGAAAGAGAAAUGUGGAGACAAAGCCCAGAUCCUUGUUCUCCCACAUAAAAAGUUGAUCUGCAGAAUUUCAGCCUUUUUUAAUUUAUUGGGCUACUUAUGCACAGCUCCUACUAUUGGUGCAGAGAAGAAACUGCAUGCACAGUAUCCUAGCUGGAUCAGGGAAAAAUAUUUUUAAAAGUAUUGCCUAAAUGUAAUAUGCUUUAUGAAAUAAAACUGAUUUAAUACAA